GCCACUUCCGGCGGCGGCGCGGCGGGGCGGAGGGGCGGCGGGCGCGAUGCCGUACGCGAACCAGCCCACCGUGCGCAUCACGGAGCUCACGGACGAGAAUGUCAAGUUCAUCAUCGAGAACACGGACCUGGCGGUGGCCAACUCCAUCCGCAGGGUCUUCAUCGCCGAGGUGCCCAUCAUCGCCAUCGACUGGGUUCAGAUCGACGCCAAUUCCUCUGUCCUCCACGACGAGUUCAUCGCUCACAGGCUGGGCUUGAUCCCACUCACCAGUGAUGACAUCGUGGACAAGUUGCAGUACUCCCGGGACUGCACGUGCGAGGAGUUCUGCCCCGAGUGCUCCGUGGAGUUCACGCUGGACGUGCGCUGCAACGAGGACCAGACGCGCCACGUCACGUCCCGGGACCUCAUCUCCAACAGCCCCCGAGUCAUCCCGGUGACAUCCCGGAACCGGGACAACGACCCCAACGACUACGUGGAGCAGGAUGACAUCCUCAUCGUCAAGCUGAGGAAGGGCCAGGAGCUGCGUCUCCGCGCCUACGCCAAGAAGGGCUUCGGCAAGGAGCACGCCAAGUGGAACCCGACCGCCGGGGUGGCCUUCGAGUACGACCCCGACAACGCGCUGCGGCACACCGUGUACCCCAAGCCCGAGGAGUGGCCCAAGAGCGAGUACUCGGAGCUGGAUGAGGACGAGUCGCAGGCCCCCUACGACCCCAAUGGCAAGCCGGAGCGCUUCUACUACAACGUGGAGUCGUGUGGCUCUCUGCGCCCCGAGACCAUUGUCCUCUCGGCCCUGUCCGGGCUGAAGAAGAAGCUGAGUGACCUCCAGACGCAGCUGAGCCACGAGAUCCAGAGCGACGUCCUCACCAUAAACUAGCCUCACCCCCGCCGGGAGGCUCCCGAGGCUCCUCCGACGGGCCGGGCCGCCGGCACCACGCAGAGGCCACAGGGAAGGGCCCCGCUGGCCUCUGCCGGUCAUCGUCACUGUCUCCAACCCCUUUCCCGAAGGAGACGGCUUCGCACACACAGCUGGACUCGGUUUCCCCUGUCAGUUGAACGCUCAGCCCUUGUUCAGACCGACUCAGCCAUCCGCUCCUUGCACGUGCUACCUCCUUCGAACCCCAAAUUUGGGACCCCCUUCGAAGAACGGUGUUAGAUCCUGCCUGCCCACGGCAGCCUUCCCCCCAGUAAACCCACUUUCGAGAGCUUUGUCAGUGGAGACUGACUCCGCCGGCGGCCCCUCGAGCAAGGGCAGGGGCGGGAGGCCUUCAUGAAGCCCCAGCCCCGGGGGACAUGGGAGGUCCGGAAUAGGCGGGAGGGGCACUCACUGAGAACAGGAGCCAUCUUUUUCAAAGUUUUUAUUUUUGGCAAUAAAAGAGCACAACAUAAUCUCC